AUGGCCUCGUCCGUUGCGCGCAUGGUGCGCGUUGCCCUGGUUAGCUUCCUGGCUUUCACGUCAAUUGCCUCGGCUCUGCCUGCGUCUCAAGCUAUUCGCACAGUUCAGACUCCCGAUGACGAUCCUUUCUACAAGCCCGCCGCGGGCUUCGAGUCCGCGGCACCGGGAACCAUUCUUGCCCAGCGCAGCAUCAAUGCCGCAAUCUUCGGCCUGAUCCCGAACGGCGUAGAAGCCCACCAGUUGCUCUAUCGCACGACAGCAAUUGAUGGCUCAGCCAUAGCAACGGUGACCACAGUAUUCAAGCCCAAGAAAGCCAAGCUUGACCGCUUCAUCUCUUUCGCCACCGCGUAUGACAGCUCUGCGACAAAAUGUCAGCCUAGCUUCGCCUACCAGCUGGGUGCGCCCCAGGACAGCCUGAUCGCUUCAGUCGAGUUCUUGAUUAUUCAAAUCUAUCUCGCACUUGGCUAUGUCGUUGCCUCUCCCGACUACGAAGGCCCCGAAGCGGCCUUUGGUCCUGGUCGCCUUGCCGGCAUGGGUGUCUUGGAUAACAUCCGUGCCGUGAAGAGCUUCAAGACCUUGGGUCUGACGGACAACCCCAUGGUUGUCGGCGUUGGAUAUUCUGGUGGGGCCAUCGCCACAGGCUGGGCAGCCUCUUUGCAGCCCAAGUACGCUUCCGAGCUGAACAUCAAGGGCUGGGUACAGGGUGGAACCCCCUCAAACCUCACGGGCACAUUGAACCUCAUCAACGACAGUGUCUUCUCUGGAUUUGUUCCCGCGGCCAUUGCUGGUAUCACGAAACCCAGCGCCUACGGCGCCGAACUUAAGCCUGUCAUCGAGAGUAUCAUUACACCCGAGGGUCAGAAGGUCCUGGAUGUUGGUGGUUCCGAGUGCGCUGUCACGGCUUUGGCGGCAUUCUUCGAGAAGAACAUCUUUGAUACGAAGUACCAAACUCUGGGUGAUCGCUUCAUCUAUGAACCGACCAUCCAGAAGGUGAUGAAGCUGAAUACUAUGGGUGUCAACCAGGACGAGACCCCGAAAGCACCAACCUUUGUGUACCAUGCCACCAAGGAUGAGAUUAUUCCUUACGGUGAUGCCAAGUCUAUGGUCAAGUCCUGGUGUAGCUGGGAUGCGAACGUCAAGUUCACCACUUAUGCGAGCGGUGGCCAUGCGACGACUGAGAUCGUCGCCAUUCCCGAUGCCAUCAACUUCGUUAAGAAUGCAUUUGCUGGCACAACAAAGAAACGCUGCACCCAGAACACUGAGCUGGGCAGCAUCCUCAACCCGCUUGCACUCGGCGUAGAACUGGAGCCUAUUCUCGUGAAGCUCAUUGAUGGACUCAUCCACCUGGGUGACCAGGAUGCCAACCUCAAGAAGGAUCCUGUUGGAGUGUGGAAGAAGACCCUCUAA